CAUGGACAUGAAUUGCAUUUGGCCAGCCUUGCCACUGGAUUUACUUGUGGCUUUUGCGGGGCUGUGGCUCAAGUGCUGGUUCAGAGCAGGAAAACCUUUUUGUUACUUGGGCCAUGGCGCUUUUUCAUAUGUUGGUGGUGGCCAUCCUUGCGGAGGGCACGCCGCUUUGGGAUGAUAAUUGCGAUAGUUGUGAGGCAGGCUCGGCAUUUUUGCAGCUGGAACUGUCAAAGGACAGGGCGCGUGUGAUUUCAAGUGACUUGCAGGCCUCAAGGUACUGGUUUCCGACCAAGUCCGUCGACAACAACCGCUCUGGUCAGUCCAGCGUGUCCGGACCCUUCCCCCUACAUAAGCCUGACACAGCGCAUUGGGAACUCAAUGUGCCUGGGGUCGUUUUCCACCAAGUGCCGAUGAUCGAUGACAAAUUGAACAUUUACAUGGGCAGCGACGCGGGCAAGAUCUUUUCUUUUGACAAAUAUGGUGCCAAGAGAUGGGAGGUGAAUGGUACCGGUACGCAUUGUCAAGACCCUUCCCUUUUUGAGGGAAUUUUGUAUACUGCAUGCAGAGAUGGGUCAGUAUUAGCCCUUGAUAUGAUGACUGGCCAGCUCUUGUGGCAACGUAAAAUCUGCAAGGAAUUGCCAUUUGAGCAUUACAGUAUUUCAGUGACAAAGGACCAUAUUUUUUUGCCGGCUGGAGUCGACCAGCACGGUAACUAUGUAGGUCCCUUUCAUGAGCCACUCGAUAUUGGUUCCCCGGCUGUUGCCUUGCUGCGUCGCGAGGAUGGCCGGCUCGUUUGGAAAGCGAACCUUUCUGAAUGGAAUGCAAUAACGGGAGAACUGACACCAUGUAUGCUGUCGGAUUCAGUGAUCUUCAGUGGGGGUAUGGGAAGCAUUUUUCGCCUCAGCCUUCAAAACGGUUCUCUGAUUUGGAAAGUUGAUGUGGGCCUGCACCGGACCACCAAUGCGCAAGUCUCUUGCACUCAAGAUGGAAAAGUGUUUGCAGGCUACGGUGGCUAUAGCCGCAAUGAUGCCAACGACCGCCACGUUGGUGGUUUAUACGCCCUCGACAUUAAAACGGGCGACACGCUUUGGACAAGAUCUUUCCCUUAUAGGGUUUACACGCCUGUCGCGGUAGGGGGGAUCCAAGGACAUGCUGGGACAGCUAUUAUUGUCGCUAUGGGAACUCCCGGGAUGUAUCCCAACAAAACAACAGAGAAUCAUACUCUGUGGGCUCUGGACGCCAACACCGGAGAUAUGAUUUGGUCCUUCAACACGCCAUCCUGCACAGCUGUGGGUGCCCGGGGUGGCACCCUGGAAGAAAUGUGCUGGCCUUUGGCCUGGUCGGCGCCGGUUAUCUCAAAGGAUGGCAUCGUUUAUAUCAACUGGGCCUUCGGCGGUGUCACCUAUGCAUUGCGUGACAUCAACAAAGAUGGCCUGUGUGACCUUCACAACCCCGAGGAAGUCUCCAGCUUUGACUUCGGCAUUGGCCAUCAGGGAGGUCCUGCGCUAGCCCCUGGUAUGCUUGUGGUGCUCACGUGCCAUGGACCGAGGGCGAUCCUCACUGCAGCUAUAGAACAAUGAGUAGCUGAAUGCAGCUGGGUCUUGAGGCGUGCUCGUACAGACUAAUUACCAAUGAUUUACGGUGCCCUUGUGCAAUUUUCAUUUGGGCCUAUGCAGGGGGAAGUCCUUGGGAGUAGAUGCCUUGGGGGGACCCUGCACAGCAGAUAGCUGGUGAAAAGCGGAUGGCACGCACGCCCAAAUGGUUUUUGAGGAUUGACUAAGACCAUGCUCGUCAGCCACUGUAACCAGUUGCCAGCAGAUCAUAUGUGUAGGGGUUCAAAAAGGUGCCUUGGAGACUGACUCAUUAGUUGAGGAAUAGCCGCGUAGCAUCAGAAUUUUCCGAGAUGAUGACCUCGAC